GCUGUCAAAUUCGGGAGCCAGAUUUUUUCCCCUUCCCCUGGCAAUCCCUUCCGCUUCCCCGGCUCCUGGCGUGACAUCUGCGGACCAGGGACCUGUAUGUGUGUGAGCGCGAAGGAGCGGAAGAAUGGCAGUGCUCAAACUCACCGACCAGCCACCACUGGUCCAAGCCAUCUUCAGCGGUGAUCCGGAGGAGAUACGGAUGCUCAUCCACAAAACGGAAGAUGUGAAUGCUCUGGAUGCUGAGAAGCGAACUCCACUUCAUGUGGCCGCAUUCCUGGGAGAUGCAGAGAUUAUUGAACUCCUGAUUCUUUCAGGAGCUCGUGUGAAUGCCAAGGACAACAUGUGGCUGACCCCACUGCACCGGGCUGUCGCCUCCAGAAGUGAAGAAGCGGUGCAAGUAUUGAUUAAGCACUCGGCUGACGUCAAUGCGAGGGACAAGAACUGGCAGACCCCCCUCCACGUAGCAGCAGCCAAUAAGGCCGUCAAGUGUGCAGAAGUGAUCAUCCCCCUGCUGAGCAGCGUUAACGUCUCUGACCGAGGGGGCCGCACAGCCUUGCACCAUGCCGCGCUCAAUGGCCACGUGGAGAUGGUUAAUUUACUCUUGGCCAAAGGGGCAAACAUCAAUGCAUUUGACAAGAAGGACCGGCGUGCUCUGCACUGGGCAGCAUAUAUGGGCCACCUGGACGUUGUGGCAUUGCUCAUUAACCACGGUGCAGAAGUGACGUGUAAGGAUAAGAAGGGUUACACCCCCCUGCACGCCGCAGCCUCCAACGGACAGAUCAACGUUGUCAAACAUCUCCUGAAUCUAGGGGUGGAGAUCGAUGAAAUCAACAUCUAUGGAAACACGGCCCUUCAUCUGGCCUGCUACAAUGGGCAGGAUGCUGUAGUUAACGAGCUGACUGACUACGGUGCUAAUGUGAACCAGCCCAACAACAGUGGCUUCACCCCUUUGCAUUUUGCUGCUGCCUCCACACAUGGUGCUUUGUGUCUUGAGCUGCUAGUAAACAACGGGGCGGAUGUUAACAUCCAGAGUAAAGAUGGCAAAAGUCCACUGCACAUGACAGCUGUCCACGGAAGGUUCACACGGUCACAAACCCUCAUUCAGAAUGGAGGUGAAAUCGACUGUGUGGAUAAGGAUGGCAACACUCCCCUCCACGUGGCUGCAAGAUACGGUCAUGAGCUUUUGAUUAACACCCUAAUAACCAGCGGAGCUGACACAGCCAAGUGUGGAAUCCAUAGCAUGUUCCCCUUACAUUUAGCUGCCCUAAACGCUCACUCUGACUGCUGCAGAAAGUUGUUAUCAUCGGGCUUUGAAAUAGACACCCCAGAUAAAUUUGGAAGAACAUGCCUUCAUGCUGCUGCUGCAGGAGGUAAUGUGGAAUGUAUAAAACUCUUGCAGAGCAGUGGAGCAGAUUUCCAUAAAAAGGACAAGUGCGGGAGGACCCCUUUGCACUAUGCAGCUGCAAAUUGUCAUUUACGCUGUAUUGAGACAUUAGUGACCACAGGGGCCAACGUUAAUGAAACAGAUGACUGGGGACGGACAGCUUUGCACUAUGCUGCUGCUUCAGACAUGGAUAGAAAUAAGACAACCUUAGGAAAUGCCCAUGAAAAUUCAGAAGAACUUGAAAGAGCCAGAGAUCUAAAGGAAAAGGAAGCUGCAUUAUGCCUAGAGUUUCUGCUUCAGAAUGAUGCAAAUCCAUCUAUCCGGGACAAUGAAGGUUACAAUAGCAUACAUUAUGCUGCUGCCUAUGGCCACAGACAAUGUCUGGAAUUGCUUUUGGAAAGAACCAACAGUGGUUUUGAAGAAUCAGAUUCCGGUGCUACGAAGAGUCCACUCCACUUAGCUGCCUACAAUGGGCACCAUCAAGCCUUGGAAGUCCUUCUGCAGUCACUGGUGGACCUGGACAUCAGGGAUGAGAAAGGCCGCACUGCCCUGGACCUGGCUGCCUUUAAGGGACACACAGAAUGUGUGGAAGCACUUAUCAAUCAGGGUGCAUCCAUCUUUGUGAAAGACAAUGUAACCAAAAGAACCCCACUUCAUGCCUCAGUAAUUAAUGGUCACACACUGUGUUUGCGGCUGUUACUAGAAAUUGCAGACAACCCAGAAGCGGUUGAUGUGAAAGAUGCCAAAGGACAAACCCCACUGAUGCUUGCGGUAGCAUAUGGACACAUUGAUGCUGUUUCAUUGUUACUUGAAAAGGAAGCAAAUGUGGAUGCUGUUGACAUCAUGGGAUGUACAGCUUUACACAGAGGGAUUAUGACGGGACAUGAGGAAUGUGUGCAAAUGCUGCUGGAACAAGAAGUGUCGAUUCUCUGCAAAGAUUCCAGAGGAAGGACACCCUUGCAUUAUGCAGCUGCUCGUGGCCACGCCACGUGGCUGAGCGAGCUGCUCCAGAUGGCACUUUCGGAGGAAGACUGUUCUUUCAAAGAUAACCAGGGCUACACGCCGCUGCACUGGGCUUGUUACAAUGGUAAUGAAAGCUGUAUAGAGGUACUUCUGGAGCAAAAAUGUUUUCGCACAUUUAGCGGCAAUCCCUUUACUCCACUACACUGUGCAAUAAUAAAUGAUCAUGAGAAUUGUGCAUCAUUGCUACUCGGGGCCAUAGAUUCCAGUAUUGUCAACUGUAGAGAUGACAAAGGCAGGACACCGCUUCAUGCAGCAGCAUUUGCUGAUCACGUGGAGUGCUUGCAGCUCCUUCUGAGACACAGCGCUCAAGUGAACGCAGCGGACAAUUCAGGGAAGACAGCGCUGAUGAUGGCUGCCGAGAACGGGCAGGCGGGCGCCGUGGAUAUUCUGGUGAACCUUGCCCAGGCAGAUCUGUCUGUAAAGGAUAAGGACUUGAACACACCCUUACAUUUGGCUUGUAGUAAAGGUCAUGAAAAAUGUGCCUUGUUAAUACUUGACAAGAUACAAGACGAGAGCCUUAUUAACGCACAGAAUAGUGCACUGCAGACGCCCCUCCACAUUGCUGCGCACAAUGGCUUGAAGGUCGUGGUUAAAGAGCUGUUGGCCAAAGGGGCCUGUGUCCGCGCUGUUGAUGAAAAUGGUAUUGGAAUUAGCAGCUCAUGCCUAUUUCUCAGAAGUCAUACCCCGGCCCUGGCUUGUGCUCCUAACAAAGACGUGGCUGACUGCCUGGCCCUCAUUUUGGCUACCAUGAUGCCUUUUUCUCCUUCCAGUACAAUGACGGCUGUCAACUUCGUUUGUUUUAAAAAAGACAAUUUGAACAGGACGACCCUCUCCAAUCUGGGUAGCAUGGGUAGCCUGUGCAGUAACAACGUAGGCUCGGAGGAUGGGUACAAUGAAAAUGAUUCUGACUCGGAAACGUUUUGACUGUGGACUGUAGAAGUUUUCCUUGAUCGACCGUGUUGAAGAAAGGGAAAGAAGCUUGAAUUCCAGGUUUAUGUUGUGUUCAAGUAUUAUUAUGGGCCCAAGCUCUCAGAAGCCAGUAGAGAAGGAAUUAAUCAAACUGAGAGAGGGCAGGUAGGCGGUAGGAGGAAGCACUCACACAGACUGGCCCCAGUUCUGAUUUAUUUCAUGUUUUCUUUAGAUCUGAGAUACUUCUGUGAAAGUCUACCUCUCGUUUUAAGUAAAGAAUAAAGAAAUGCAUUUAAUUCUCUUUCUUUGGGGAUGAGAGGGAACUGUUGCUCUCUUGAAGUGUUUUUUUUUUUUUUCUCUUUUUUUCAUGAUCUCACUUGGCAGUGAGUUCUCAGAAGUAUAUCAAUGUGACAUUCACGUCCCCAGGGAGGGGAAGGAAGGGGUAGACAGGAAAUGCCUCAAAUCCCUUCUCACUUUGAUGUUUACUUCCUCACUAUAAGCCAAAGGUAAAAGUGUUUAUCUUCAGAAAUAAUGCCUGUAAUAAUCUUUUCAAGGGAGUGCAAUUAUUCGUGUCC